AUGAGAGUGGCCAAAGGCUGCCGUCGGUGUCGCCAUCGCCAUAUUCGCUGUGUGAUUGCCGCGGGGGCCUCUGUCUGUACCCCGUGUGCGCGCCUCAACCGAAAUAGCAACGGCUCGUCCGCACCUUAUGCCUUUGUAUGGGAUGAGCAGCAGGUCUGGGUGGAUGUUUCACAGCCAAUUCUGUUCGUCAACGAGGCCUCUCAUGGAUGGGAAGGAGAUGACCUUGUCCAUGAAAGCCCCGCCUCGAUCCCAGCAAACACCUCGGAAACAAAUCCAUCGCCUGGCCGGCAACUGACUACGCUGUCAGACAUCACGACGGGGUUCAAUUCGUCUUUCCAACGCGCUUCCAUUCACCAUGAGCUAGAACGGACUCAAACAAAUACUUCCAUGGCCUUGUCUCGGCGAGAGGUAUCUUUGAUGACACAUUUCAUCCAGAAACUCGCUCCAUGGGCAGAUAUAUGUGACCCUCAGUCGCACUUUAGCAGCGUCGUGCCUCGGCGUGCAAUGGAAAACCCCAUGGUCUUCAAGGCAGUGAUGGCUCUCGCGGCGCGGCACGACGCCAUUCUCACUAAGACAAAUGACUGGGAAGCCUCAUCCUACCUUGGGCAGUGCUUAGAAUUGCUCAUCGCAGCACUGGACCGUCCUGAACACACGUACGACGAUGAUCUGUUGGUGACGGUGGUCAUACUGCGCAUCUAUGAGGAGUUGGAAAACAACACGGAUGAAAAGUUUCACCUUCUCGGAUCCAACCAUCUUAUCAAUCUCAUGUCUCGCGCUGCCUCCUCAGGUGGAAUGGCCGAGGCUGUCAGCUGGCAGUUUUUGCGUCAGGCCAUCUACGCAUCCGUAGUACAGUAUCAACACUUUCAGUUGGACUUGCGCAAUUACGAGCGGUCAUUCAUGUUUCAACGGAACGAAGAUGCCGCAUUUGCCAACAUGAUCGUAUUUCAUUGCGCACAUAUCAUCCAAUUGUGCCGAAACUUUCCCAGACAGGCAGUCGAAGAAACUGCCUGGCACCAAAUUUCUGGAGCUGUAGACGAGUGGCACGGGAAAACAACCAUCCCCUGGCAGCCCAUUCGAUACCAGGCACCCGAUCUGACUGCGAAUCGCCCCUUUCCUGAAGUCUGGAUGAUGUCGGCCCCUGCUGUGGUGGGAAUGCAGUAUUAUCACACGGCUCGCGUCUUCCUCACAUUGACAGAUCCUCGAUCUUUUCAAAUGAACGAUUAUGCCAGAGCUCGAUUUCGGCACCAAGCCGAGAGAACUAUUGCUGCGCACGUUGCAACCGUUAUCGGUCUCUCUUUAUCGAAUGAGAGUGUCCAUAAUGCAUACUUUAUGGCCUGCCAUCUCCUUCACCGCUAUGGGCACUGUCUGCGACAUGCCGCCGAGCAAGAAGGAUCGCUGGAUUUCCUCGGUCGCGCUGAGCAUGUGCUGGGUUGGCGAACGGCAUGGAUCCGGGACGAGUUGGGGAAGCAGUGGGCCGAGAUGGCGGAUGUGUAG